GGAGGAUUCCCGGGCGCUCGUUCGAGAGCACAGCAGAUACAUACACAGUGAUGUCGCUGGCGGUGGCCAAUGAGAAGAGGCCCAGGACCCAUGGCCACGCCUCCCCUGCUCGCCUGCCAGCCAAUCUCAGCUGCCCUUUGGGUAAGCAAGAUUUGGAGGCGCACCUGAGGACAGACAGACUGCGUUUAGCUCGAGAGAGGAGGGAGGAGCAGGAGAGGAUUGUGGUGGCGCAGGAGCGGGCGAUCCGGGAGAAGGAGCGGCGGGCGCGGCUGCAGUAUGCCCGCACCCUGCAGGAGCGCAGCCGCCGAUUGGAGGAGCAGCGGCAGAGGGCGGAGCUUCGGCGGGCCGCCGUGGAGGAGAAGAGGAGGCAGCGCGAGGAGGAGGAGAAGGAGAGGCUGGAGGCGCUGAUGAGGAGGACCCUGGAGAGAAGCCUGCAGCUGGAGCACCGGCCCAAACGCUGGACCUGGGGGGGCCCCACCGCCCCGGCGGACGACCACAGCGAGAAUGCCCCGCCCACUCUGACCUCCGACCUCCCCCACGACCUCUGUGCUCCGCCUCCUGCUGCCAGUCAAUCAAGCAAUGGUAUUGAAGCAUCUUGCCCUCUGCUACCCAGCAACCACCAUCCCAUAGUGAACGCAGCUGACUCUCUGUCAGUAGCUGCUGUGACCCUGCCCCUGCCCUCGGAUCCACCAGUCAGAAAACGUCUCUCCUCCUCCCCCGGGGUCACAGAGCUCACCACAGACCGAGUGUCUCGUCUCUGUCCUCGUGUAGCUUCCCCCAGCCCUCACAGGUCCCCCUACAGAUCCCUGAGUCGCGUGGACCACGGGGCGGCACCCCAAGGGUCAGCAAAGGAGUCUGGGGGGGCCCUCGCUUCCCCAGACACCACCCAGAGGGAAAUAUCGGGCGGAGCAAGAACUGCGGUUUCCCCUGUUACCCCCACACCAAUGAGACGAGUGGAGUCGCCUGCCACGCCCACCCGUAGCUCCUCCCCUCUCAUCCAGAGCAAGCCCAGGAGAGUCAGAGCCUCUAACGGCCGUGCCCAGUCGCCCUGCUCCGUUGGACAGUACCCCCCCUCUCCCAUGAGGCAUGGGGCUACCACCCCCGGCUCAGAGGGCAGCCGGAAGUGGGAGGGGGAAGAGAAGGGGGCCCGGGACCUCCGACGUCACGGCUCUCUGGAGAGAAAGACCUCAAAGACCGACACCCCUGAAAAGAAGAACUCCAAGAACGACACCCUGGAGAGAAAGACCUCCAAGACUGACACCCCUGAAAAGAAGAUGCCAAAGUCCACCAGCAGAGACCUGAGUGUAGACCGGAGUGCAGAGCCAUCCCCGGUGACGCCCACAGGAAAGCUGUUCGCUGGGACAACAGACGCCGAGGAGGCGUCGCGGCUGCUGGCGGAGCGGAGGCGCCAGGCGCGGCUGCAGAAGGAGCUGGAGGAGAAACAGAGACGCGAGCAGGAGGAGGAGGAGAGGCUGAGGUUGGAGGAGCUGAAGAGGAGGCAGGAGGAGGAGCGUGUGCGGCAGGAGGAGGAGGCGCAGCGGGCUGAGGAGGCGCGGCAGAGGCAGGAGCAGGAGCGCAGGCGCUGUGAGGAGGAGGAGAGACGGCAGAGGGAGCAGCGCUGGAGGGAGCUGCAGGCGCAGAUUGAAAGAGAGAGGGAGGAGGCGGAGCAGAGAGCAAGGAGAGAGGCGGAGCGACUGCGUCUGGAGAGAGAGCAGAUCAAAUUACAGGAAGACCAGGAGAGGCUGCAGAGGAAGAAGCGGAUCGAGGAGAUCAUGAGGAGAACCAGGAGAAGUGAUAAUGAGGUGAAGAAAGAAGAGGUCAGGGUGGAGCCUCCCUCCCCCAUCUCCUUCCUGCACCCCCUGCGGUCUCCUCUGCUGGGGUCCCCAGGGAGCAUGCAGGUGAGUGGGCAGAUCACCUGGAUGAGGCCCAGCGUGUCCCCCCAGGCGCCCCCCGCCGGGUCACCCCUCAUCACGCUGGGACCCCUGGAGGUGCGGAGCAACGGGGCGGAGGAGUUCCCCGAUGAGGUGCAGGCCAUGGACGUCAGCCCCGUCUCUAAGGAGGACCUGGUCUCCAUCCCGGAGUUCUCGCCUGUGGAGGAGGUCCGGAGCAACGGGACGAGCAACGCCCGCGCCCUGCAGGAUCUGCUGGAGCUGACAGGCCACGCGCCCUUCCCCAAACUCUCGCCCGCCGCGCCCCUGGGCGACUGCAACAAGAACCUGAUCGAGGGCUUCUGCAGCCCCGGGACGGACACCCAGCUGAUCCAGACCCUCACCCCCCCGCCCUCCGACGGGCGCAACGUCCAGCAGCCAGAGUGUUAGAGGGAGGAAGAGGAAGAUGGUUUUUCCAGUAGCAUCCCGGAGAAACCUCCCAUGUGGUCCUCUGCUUCAGUGUCGAUGAGAGAAACCUUCUGAUUUCCCCUCUGCCCCCAGCGGAAGGAGGGUAGCAUUUUGGUGUUCCUCAGUGGUCCUUAUUUAAAGCCUCUCUCUCGCCACAGAAGCUCCGCCCCUCUCCUAGCCCCGCCUCUCAGGCUUUUCCCCGUCCUGACUCUGCCCCUGACUCCGCCUCUCCCACGGCUGCAGGCUGGGCGCUCCGCUGUGGGACGACAGAAUACUUUCACAGGGUUUCGCUUCAGCUUCUGAUGCGGAUGCAUCCUCGUCGUCUGCGGGACUCGUUCUUCUACUUAUUUAUUGUAGCGUUCACAAAACUAAACAUGGAGAUGAAGUCCUUCUGUGUCUGCAAUGGAGAUGGGUUUGUGUAUAUGUUGUGUAGGGAGUGUUUUUCAGAAAGUGGUGCAUAAAAAAACAGUAGUGUAAGCGUGUGUUUUUGUGUGCGUGUUUGCGAAUAUGGUUUGCCAAAGCAAAAUGCUCAUAGUUUACAUACGUGCAGUUUAGCCCUAGACUCUCAGCAACGUUAUAAAUAUGUGGCUAGCUUGAUAAAUAUCACGCUAAGUAUGAGCUUCAACUUCAUAACUGAAUAGUCCUGUGAACUGGAGUUUGCUCUGCCUCUCGGUAUCCUGGCUUUGGGAGAUGUUUAUCAAACCUACAGCGUUCCUUGAAAAAAACAGAACUCCUUGUAUAAAAGCACCACAGCACAUCUUCUCAAAUGGUAAAUGGUCAGCGGCUUCGUGUUUCAUUAGGGUGGAGUCACCUCGGGUGAUCCUUCAGCUUGAGAUUAACCAGUAAACAGCGUAUUAUGCACUACAGUGUUCAAAGCGUUCACCACAGUGUCCACUCGAGUGAGCACAGCUCAGCACGUCUGCUCACACUUUCCUCAAUGUGGGCCAGGUCAGUGCGGCUGUUCGCUGGUCAGAGUGUGGUUUCUGGAACAGGAGCAAUAACCUGAGAAAUAACACCACCCACCUGAAGCUGUGGAUGUGCGCCCUCCAUAACCAUGCUAACCUGAGAGACGCGGCUCACCUGAGAGACGCGGCUCACCUGAGAGACGCGGCUCACCUGAGAGAGGUAGUUCACGUGAGAGACACAGCCUUGCAUCCCCACAGCUGCUCCGCAGAUUGGCCCGCCAGGAAGUGUAGCAUGUGAGCCGUUUGUUUCAUCUUAAGUCAACAUCCGCGUGCUUUUCUUUUCUUUUUCCAAAAGCGACUGCCCGUGGAGGAGAACCGUCAGUGUCUGCUGUGUGUUACUGUGAUUCAUUCAUCUGUCUCUGAAGGGUUAAACAUUAGAGUGAAAUUAAACAGGGCGAACACGGCCAGGUAACUGUGUGAUGACCGAUUAUCUUCUGUGCAAGAAUUGCGUCAGCCCUGGAGUUCGACCAGUGUGUUUUGAAGCUGUGUGCUUGGGUGUGUGUGUGGGGGCCAUUGGUUACUUUACUUUCUCUUACUUUUUAAUUUGUAGUAUUUUGUAAACAUGUUUGAACAAAUGGAGGAAGGAGACAGGAGUUUGAAACUUGAAGUACAGAAAACCAACAGGGUCUUCCAAAAAUCAGACUGAAAGGGCACUAAAGGUCAUACUAAGAGAUGGAAGCA